GGUGUGAUUGGCCUUACUUUUAGUCCAGGUCAUUCAUUCAGCAAAGACAAAGACUUUCAUCACCAUCAAAGUGCAUUCCUUUGUCUUUGUUUUAAUUUGUAUUUAUCAUCAACUAAAUGUAAGGACCAACUUUAUUCUAACCAUGGCUUCCCCUUUGCUUCCCUUGCUCUUCCUUUCAAUGAUUCUGUUACCCUUUCAACUCAUCAGUGUUGUAGCCCAAACCAAAACCAACUUGGUUAUUGGUGAUUCUCAUACUGCAGGAAAAGACUCAGCCCCAUGGUUGGUUUCAUCACCUUCUGGUGACUUUUCCUUUGGUUUCCUCCCACUUGAGGACUCUACUGAUCAUUUCAUACUUUGCAUUUGGUAUGCAAAGAUUCAAACCAAGACCAUAGUUUGGUUUGCUAAUAGGGACAAGCCUGCACCAAAGAACACAAAGGUGGAGCUUACAGCUAAUGAUGGGUUGGUGCUCACUGCCCCAAAUGGUGACCGGUUAUGGAAUACUGUUACCAGUUCUAGAGUUUCUGGGGGUUCUUUUAAUGACACUGGCAACUUAGUGCUUCAGGAUGGUGAUUCCAACACUGCAUGGGAGAGUUUCAAGGAUUAUAGGAACACCUUGCUGCCCUAUCAGACUCUGGAAAGGGGUCAAAAGCUUUCUUCUAUGCUUAGGGAGAAUGAUUUCAACAGGGGCAGGUUUGAGCUAUUUUUCCAAAAUGAUGGUAAUCUUGUGAUGCACUCUAUAAAUUUACCAUCUGGGUAUUCUAAUGAAAACUACUAUGAAAGUGGAACCGUCGAGUCCAACACUUCUGGUGCUGGGACACAAUUGGUGUUUGAUAGCUCAGGAGAUAUGUAUAUUGUGAGAGCGAACAAUGGAAGGUAUAAUUUGUCAGAAGAUGGUGCUGGGGUUUCUACCACUCUAUUUUACCUUAGAGCAAUUCUUGAUUUUGAUGGGGUGUUCACACUCUAUCGAUAUCCUAAGGGUUCUUCUGACCGUGGAGGUUGGACCCCAGUGUGGUCUCAUCCAGAUAAUAUCUGUAAGAACUAUCUUGCUGGUGCGAGUAGUGGUGUUUGUGGAUAUAAUAGCAUAUGCAGUUUAAGAGAUGAUAAGAAACCAACUUGUCAGUGUCCAAAAUGGUACGUGUUGACUGACCCUAAGGAUCCCUACGGUAACUGCAAACCAGAUUUUGUACAAGAAUGUUUUGAAGAUGAUCUUAGUAACAGAAAGAAUCAAUAUGAUUUUGAGGUGUUGACAGAUACUGAUUGGCCUCUUUCAGAUUAUGAGCUUCAAAGACCCUUUAAUGAAGACCAAUGCAAACAAUCUUGUAUGGAAGAUUGUAUGUGUUCUGUUGCCAUUUUCAGGCUAGGUGACAGCUGCUGGAAGAAGAAGCUGCCACUUUCAAAUGGUAGAGUUGAUCCCACGCUUAAUGGUGGAAAGGCCUUCAUGAAAGUGAGGAAGGACAAUUCCUCCUUGAUUAGUCCUCCAACAAUCAUUGUGAAGAACAAUAGGAAUACUUUGAUUUUGAUUUUGUCAGUGCUUUUGGGCAGUUCUGCUUUCCUCAAUCUAAUAUUGGUCUUUGCAAUCUGCUUGAGCACUUCCUACGUUUUCCAGUAUAAGAAGAGGCUUAGAAGAGCUGGAAAAACUGACACUACUGUGGAGACCAACUUGCGUUGCUUCACUUAUGAGGAACUUGAAGAAGCCACUGAUGGCUUUGACAAAGUUCUAGGGAAGGGAGCUUUUGGCGUUGUGUAUGAAGGAGUCGUCAACAUAGGUUCUGUUACUCGUGUGGCUGUGAAACGAUUGAACACUUUUCUCUUGGAAGAGGUUCAGAAGGAAUUCAAGAAUGAACUGAAUGUCAUUGGCCUCACACAUCACAAGAACUUGGUUCGUAUACUUGGAUUUUGUGAGACUGAAUCAGAAAGGAUACUUGUUUAUGAGUACAUGAGCAAUGGCACUUUAGCAAGUCUUCUUUUUAAUGUCGAGAAACCAAGUUGGAAACUGAGGCUACAAAUUGCAUCUGGGGUUGCUAGAGGACUUCUAUAUCUGCAUGAAGAGUGCAUCACACAGAUCAUCCAUUGUGACAUAAAGCCUCAGAACAUACUCCUUGAUGAUUACUAUGUUGCAAGAAUAUCAGACUUUGGAUUGGCCAAGCUUUUGAACAUGAACCAGAGCAGAACCAACACUGCAAUAAGGGGAACAAAAGGGUAUGUUGCACUUGAAUGGUUCAAAAACAUGCCAAUCACGGCUAAAGUGGAUGUCUAUAGUUAUGGGGUGCUGUUGCUUGAGAUAGUUUCAUGCAGAAAAAGUGUGGAAUUUGAGUUAGAAGAUGAAUCCAAAGCAAUCCUAAGUGAAUGGGCUUAUGAGUGCUACUCUGAAGGUACUCUUCAUGCCUUGGUUGAGGAUGAUAAAGAGGCAUUGGAUGACAUGAAGACAGUGGAGAAGUUGGUGAUGAUUGCCCUUUGGUGUGUGCAAGAGGAUCCUGGUUUUAGACCAACAAUGAGAAAUGUGACACAGAUGCUUGAAGGUGUUGUUGAAGUGCAAGUGCCACCAUGCCCCUCACAAAUCAGUGUUCAAUAUUCCCUAAACCUAGUCAUGGUUUCAUCUCUAUUUGCCUUUCUUCUUUGCUCAAUGGUGCUGCUAAACAUUUUUGUUGUAGCCCAAACCAGAAGCAGUAAAAUCAUUGAUCAGUCUCUUCUGAAAGAAACCAUCAAAGCCUCAUGGGUAGUUUCAUCUUCUGGUGAGAUAAACCAAACCAGAAGAAACAUAACUGUUGGUGAUUCACUUUUUGCAGAAACAACUAGCAGCAACUCCUCAACGUGGGUGGUUUCACCUCUUGGCCACUUUGCCUUUGGGUUUCUUCCAGUUGAGGACACUGACCAUUUCUUACUUUCCAUUUGGUAUGCUAAGAUUCCUGGCAAGACUGUAGUUUGGUAUGCCAAUGGAGACACUCCUGCUCCAAAGGGGUCAAAGGUUGAACUCACUGGUGAUGAUGGAUUAGUCCUCACUGCCCCAAAUGGUGAUCUGUUAUGGAAAACUAAGACCCUUAGUGGUAAAGUUCAUCACGGGUUUUUAAAGGACAACGGAAACUUUGUUCUUGUGAAUGAAAAUCAUCAAGGUGUGUGGGAGACGUUUAAGCAUCCAAGGGACACGUUGUUGCCCACACAAACUCUAGAAAAAGGUGAGAAGCUUUCAUCAAGAUUUGUAGAGUUAAAUUACUCAGAAGGAAGGUUUGAGAUGAUGCUUCAAAUGGAUGGUAUUCUUUCCAUUCAUGCUUUAAACCCGCCAUCUGGGUAUGCCAAUGAAAACUACUACGAAAGUAGGACUGAAGAGUCCAACACCUCAAGUCCUGGAAUUCGUUUGGUGUUUGAACCAUCAGGGUACGUGUAUGUUUUGAGGAAGAACAGUGAGAAAUACAACUUGUCAACAUGGAGUGGAGCCUCUACUACUGAUGAAUCUUACUUCAGAGCAACUCUUAAUUUUGAUGGUGUGUUUACACUCUAUCAACAUUCAAAGAGUUCGUUUGGGAGUGAUGGAUGGAGUGCUGUUUGGUCUCAGCCAGAUAACAUCUGUCUCAGCAGGCUUGCCACUGAAGGUAGUGGUGUUUGCGGGUUCAAUAGUGUGUGUACGUUGGGAAGUAAUCAAAGGCCAAGUUGUCAAUGCCCAAAAUGGUACUCUUUGGUUGACCCUAAUGACCCCUAUGGUAGCUGCAAGCCAGAUUUCAUACAAGGAUGUGCAGAAGAUGAACUCAUUGGAAAAGCAGAUGCAGCUGGAUAUGAUUUUGAGGUGUUGGUAAAUACAGAUUGGCCUCUUUCAGAUUAUGUGCUUCUUAAACCCUUUACUGAAGAACAAUGUGAACAGUCAUGUUUGGAAGAUUGUAUGUGUGCAGUUGCCAUCUACAAAUCAGGUAGUGAUUGCUUCAAGAAGAAGUUGCCUCUUUCAAAUGGUAGAGUUGAUGUUGGACUUAAUGGUGCAAAGACUUUCAUCAAAGUGAGGAAAGAUAAUUCCUCUUUGAUUGUUCCACAAGUGAAAGUGAAUGAGAAUAGUAAGAGCUCUUUGAGUUUGGUUGCUUGGGUACUUUUUGGAAGCUCUUCAUUUCUCAAUGUCAUAUUUAUUGGAGCCUUAUGCAUGUGCUUUUUCUACAUCUUUCAGUACAAGAAGAAGCUUAGAGGAAUCGGCAAAAGUGCCAAUGCCCUUGAAACUAACUUGCGUUGCUUCUGUUAUGAGGAGCUUGAAAGAGCUACAAAUGGUUUCCAGAAAGAGUUAGGAAGAGGGUCUUUUGGUGUUGUCUAUGAAGGAGUCAUAAACAUAGGCUCAGCAAUUCCAAUAGCAGUGAAAAAGCUGAACACUUUGCUUUUCCAACAGGUUGAGAUGGAGUUCAAGAACGAGUUACAUGUCAUUGGUCUCACUCAUCACAAGAACUUGGUGCGGUUGAUAGGCUAUUGUGAGGCAGAAAAAGAAAGAUUGUUGGUUUAUGAGUACAUGAGCAAUGGCACUUUGGCAAGUCUUAUUUUCAGUGAGGUGAAACCUGAGUGGAAACUAAGGUUAGAGAUUGCAUCUGGGGUUGCUAGAGGACUUGCAUAUUUGCAUGAAGAGUGCAUCACUCAGAUUAUCCACUGUGACAUAAAGCCACAAAACAUACUCAUUGAUGAGUACUAUAAGGCCAGAAUUUCUGACUUUGGAUUGGCCAAGCUCUUGAAGAUGAACCAAAGCAGAACCAACACUGCCAUAAGGGGAACAAAGGGGUAUGUGGCAGUAGAAUGGUUUAAAAACAUGCCUAUCACAGCUAAAGUGGAUGUCUAUAGUUAUGGUGUGUUGUUGCUUGAGAUCAUUUGCUGCAGAAGAAAUGUAGAAAUGGAUCUAGAAGAGGAAGAGAAGGUUAUACUAAUUGAUUGGGCUUGUGAUUGCUAUUCAAGAGGUACUUUUGAUCACUUGGUUAAAGAUGACAAGGAGGCAUUGGAUGACAAAAAGAACAUGAUGAAGUUGGUGAUGAUUUCCAUUUGGUGCAUUCAAGAGGAUCCAAUUCUUAGACCAACCAUGAGAAAAGUGACACAGAUGCUUGAAGGUAUUGUAGAAGUCGAACCUCCACCAUUCCCCUCACAAUUUAGUAGAGAUUCUCAAAAUCUGUGACUUCUUCAUGUAACCUCAAGAAACACUAGAAUAAAACAUC